AUGAACCUUCUCAAUGACCCAUGGUCUUCAGCCGAGAAUUCCAACAUCAACAACUCUAACGGUAUCGAUACGAAACUUCGAAAAGUUCAGGAAACCUUGAAAAGUCUAGAGGAAACCAGCCCGGAUCCGUGGACCAGAAUGGCACUGUUGACCAGUGAAGAAGACAGUAAUGAAGCUCUUUUCGAGGAAUUGAGUUGUCAAGUGAAAAAAAUCAAUGACGCUAGUAUUACAGGGAUCACUUUGCUAAUUUACUGCGUUGUCUUCGAUAAAUCAAGUUACAUAGAGCUGUUGCAUGAAAUCGAUGGACUUGACCCUAACGUCCCAGAUCGAAUUUAUGAAAACUCACCCCUUACAUGGUGCUUCGAUCUAGAAAGAAAGAACUGCUUACUAGAGCUUCUCAACUUUUCCGACGAAUUGGACUUCAGCUACAAAAAUCCAGGUGGAUCCACUGCGCUUCAGCUCUUGGUACCGGGAAGCGCCAUGUAUGAAUUUGCCAAAGACCGCGGUCUAUUUAGGCUUGUUAGGGACGAUUUCAAAGCGUCCAAUGAUCUUUAUGGAGCCCCAACUUCGGGGUAUACAAACACUGAUGUUGAUAACACUCUGGACCAGAUCAACCUUCAAACGGCUGGACUGGGUCUGAAUGACGACAGCGUAUCGGUUUCCUUAGAUACUGGGAAAGAGUACACUCAAAGUAGCGAUACAUCUCCCAUUGGUGGUGAAGAGCCGCUUUUCCGUCACUUCGAUUUCGACCAUGUAUUACCUAAACAAUACAUCGAAUUUGCCGAUUACGACAUCCCACGGCUAUUAGACCUUAUAAUCUCGAUCCCGGCAAGGCUCCCUCACAAACCUUGUGUCCCCGCUGCCAUUAUUUUCCAAAGCUUGCGGUACGCGGACUGUGUGAAAGAAAGUCCCUCACUUGUAAACAGCAUGGCCCACCUGUCAUUGACCAAGAUUCUCACGUCAUUAUCAUCAACAUCCGGGGGCGCUCUCCUGGCGAGUCAAAGUGGGGAUAUCAUAUCACAGUCUUAUUGGCUAUCGAGUCUCACCUUCUUGUUCUACUACCUUUAUCGACAAGAUGGAUUUUUCAAAAGAUACCCCUCGAUCCUACAGGAGAUGAUAGAUGCAAUGCGAUCCUUGGUCAUAGAGAUGAACUCAUCGAUCCAUUCCAGGAUAGAGCCUCUGAUAGACUCAACAAUUCUAGAGCACACAACAAUUGCUGAGGUAAAGGAGACGCUGUACAAAAAAGAUUGGAAUUUGUUGAAGAAAAGAAAGCUGCGCAAGAGAAAGAAUGGUACCCGCGAUUCCUAUGAUCAGAUCAUGGCUAUGCUCUAUCCUCCUUCACUCGACGAGCAGAGAAGGCUAUCACCUAUAAAGGUCGUUCAGAUAUUUGGCGCUCUUCUCUAUGUGCUGGAUCUUCAUCAAGUCCAUCCUUUAAUCGCUCAGCAGUGUUUAUCCCUUGCCAUCAAUUGGUUUUCUGUUACGCUGUUUAACAAGAUAAUGGAAAACAAGAAGAAGUCAUUAUCAAGAGCCCACGCUAUCCAGAUAAAACUCAACCUGUCCGUUAUACAAGACUGGAUAAAGAAUCACGACUUCAAACCAUCGUUUCCCUCUUUGAUGGACGAUUUCAUGUUCCAGAAGUUUCCAUACACUCUCAUUUUCAACCUAGGUGACAUUGGCAGCACGUCAAAACCUUUUGAACUUCGCAACGUUACAUUCUACAGACCCAUUGAGGGCGAUAUCACAAAUGACAUGAACAACUCACUAUUCUUCUACCAAUCCUUCUAUCAAAUUUCCCGGAUUCAUUUGGAACCCUGCAUGCAGCUUUUGCAAUGGCUUCAGGUAGCUACGUCUUUGGAAGACGAAGAAAGUUUUGAUUCUACCGUAAAGCUUCUUAACAAACUCACACCACUGCAGCUGUACAAGUCAAUGAGCAAAUAUAGGUACGAAGUGGAAGAAAACAAAUUUGCAUCCAGUCUGCGGAAGAAGUUAUCCAUGACGUGCAAACAGAGAGAUGAGGUGGAACCUUACCUCCCGGAGAAAGCCUUGUGCUCUCUUGCGUUGCCCACAAUAACAGAGCUCAUUGAGUCAUUCACGCAAAAUGAUGAUAGCGAUGAGCUCUUGCCACUCUUGCCUUUAGAUGUUCAAGACGACGUCGAUGAAAUACACGAGCAGAAUGUGAAGUUGAGAGAUCAAGAGACGGAAAAGUCCAACCAAAGCCGGUUGGACGACGAUCUGUCAAGCGCUGAAGAAGAUGAUGGGUCUCAGAUCGAAAACGCGAAUGGCGAUCAGCUAUUCAAAAAGCUGGAUGCGCCCUCGUCUGCUGCACAGCGUCCUCUUUGGGCAAUUACUGACGAUAUAGAGCAGAACCCAUGGUAA